AUGAAAGGCAGAGGUCCUGUGAAAAAGCGUAACACAGACGCACCCAACAAAUCAAUUCUUAAUGCGUUACAAAAGAAAAUCCAAGAAGGUCAGAAAGAAAAGCAAUAUUGGAAUUUAAUUAAAGAUUCCCUUGAUGAAUCACCAGACAAAGCUAAUCAAUUAGUAAUGGAUAUGAUAUUAAAGAAAGAAGACAAAGCCUUCUUAGCUGAAUUGGCAAAUUGA